AUAUCACCAAUCCUUUUCUUAUCAUUUCGAAUUCCGAUCACGUUAGAAUAUCAAAUUGCCGCCGACGACUCGUACUUUUCCCUUGUAUUCGGUAAAGCUGUAUUUUGUUAUUAAAAUUAUUUCAGAUUCAAUACCGUUUCUGAUUUAUUCGUUUGAACGUUUGGUGCCAUUUAGAACUGUUUUUUACGAACUUAUUUUUCUUCAAAACGUAAAUAUCGUCUGAGUUACUUGGAUUGCACGUUUUUGUCGACCUAGUUUGAACCAUUCGUCGUUGUUCUGAGACAAUGGUAUUGAAAAUAAUUUCUUCCACCGUGAAAACGGUUUACAGGGUGACGUGCUUCAAGCUUAAGGAUGACGAAAAAUUUAGAUUAAUUCCUGGAAUAUUCAUUGCAUUAGGUGUGUCUUAUAGCACUGUAGCAGCAAAAUCAUUAGCUGUUAACAACUUCAUGGCAGACACUGUGACAGACUUAAAAACAUUGGAGAGUAGACCUGAAGAUAUGAAAACUAAAAUGGAACUAAUGAUUAUGAAUAUACAGGCAGAAUUUUGUCGUUCUCUUGAAAAAGAAGAAACCAUAACAAAAUUCCAUGUAGAUCGAUGGAUAAGACCGGAAGGUGGCGGUGGAGUUACAUGUGUAUUGCAGGAAGGAGAGGUUUUUGAAAAAGCUGGGGUCAAUGUAUCUGUGGUUCAUGGUAAUUUACCUCCUAGGGCUAUAGAUCAGAUGAGAGCUAGGGGUAAAAACUUUCAAGGUGGUCAAGUACUUCCAUUCUUUGCUGCAGGCGUCAGUGCAGUAAUACAUCCUCGUAAUCCUUAUGUGCCAACUAUACAUUUUAACUAUAGAUAUUUUGAAGUUACUUUACCUGACAACACAGUAGAGUGGUGGUUUGGUGGAGGUACUGAUUUAACACCAUAUUAUUUGAACGAGGAUGAUGCUGUUCAUUUUCAUAGCUCAUUGAAAAAAGCUUGUGAUCAACAUGACAAAACAUAUUAUCCCAAAUUUAAACGUUGGUGCGAUGAAUAUUUCAAUAUCCCACAUAGAGGAGAACGAAGAGGAGUGGGUGGAAUAUUUUUUGAUGAUUUAGACACUCCAUCUACAUUUGACUUUGUAAAAAGUUGUGCCCAAGCAGUUAUUCCUUCAUAUAUACCUCUUGUACAAAAACAUAAAAAUGAUUCAUAUGGUCAGGAAGAAAGAGAAUGGCAGUUGUUGAGACGAGGACGGUAUGUUGAGUUCAAUUUGAUUUAUGACAGAGGUACAAAAUUUGGUCUUUACACACCAGGAGCUAGGUACGAAAGUAUUCUCAUGUCACUUCCUUUGUCUGCAAACUGGAAGUACAUGCACAACCCAGACUCAAAUAGCAGAGAAGGAAAAUUAACUGAAGUUCUACGAAACCCAAAGGAUUGGAUAAAAAUAGAUUGAAAUAUUCUUUAAAGUUAAAACAACAAUGGAUUAAAAUUUUAAAAAAUUCUAUUUGGAAUUUUGUAUUACUAAAAUAAUUUAUUAUGGUUAAUAAUCAAUUAUUUAAGAUUUGGUUAUGGAUUAGAAUUAAGUUUAAACAUGAACUUCUAAAAAAUGUUAUUUAAAAUGUU